AUGAAGGAGAAAACAACGGCGGAAACGCCGACUCAAAGUCAAACGCUUACCGCCACCAUGAUAACCACUACUGGCUCAUCCCUCACUGCCACGGGCGCAGAUCGUACUUCUUCCUACCCUUUCUCUGCCCCAAGACUCUACAGCCGCGUUGGGGACCGAUACUCUAGGUUGGAUGGAGUCAGCAGCGAGGAUAGCCCCCGGAUAUCGGUGAUACGAUCGGCAAUGCGGGGGCCGUCUGCAAAGUACAGGAAGUCGAUUAGUGCUUCCUGGGGUCUGGGUGAGGGUGUCUCAGGGCGCAUGACAGCGGCCUUGCUUGUGGGGAUGCUGCUAUUCUCGAUGAGUGUGCCCAUUGCCGUCAUCAAACUACAAGGAAUUCGAGAUGAAGAACAACAGAGGCAGCAGCAGCAGCACGCGCUUCUGCCUUCCGACUCAGGCCUCCGAGACCCCGCGCGCACCUCAGAAAGGACAUCUACUGCUGAAUAUGCGGCUGGAGAAGCAGACUUAACCCGAGAGAGGCUGCCUUUGACACCCAACCUUCACCAGAGCUUUUUGUCUCUAAAGCACACAGGAGACCACGGGCUGCUGCUAACGGUGAAGGAUCCCGAGUGGGCAAAAGUUCGGGAAGCACUGCUACAGUCGAUUGAGUCACUGCGGACGCAGCAGGCGAUCGAAUUUGAAGGCACAGAGAAGACAGAGGAAACUCUGCGGCUCAUGCUGGCGAUGGACUUGGCAUGUCUCGAGAACACAGCCGUAGAAACCAAACUCGCUGUAGACGAUGCCAGAGCCAGCCACCUAGGGGGAUUUAGCGAGGCAUUAGCAGCAGAGAUCAGGGCAAACAUGGACGCGAGACGAAGGCAAGCCCGAGCAGCGGAGCUGUGGGAGGCAGAAGUGCAGAAAGGCAAACUGGGGUCCGACCCCGCCCUCAAAUCAGCUUUGCUCAAACUGCUGUUGGCCGUCCGCAGCAGAGCAGCAGCAAGCGAGUAUCUUUCUGCGGCUGUUGGCGCCGUGCUGCUUGGGACCAACCCCACUCCCCGAGACAGUGCUGAAGAGAAUAGAGUUUACGAAGGGCUAGCUUAUCUUAUUAAGGCGGGCCAGCUAGCUGCCACCAACAGUCUUAUUGAAACACAAGUGUCUCCGUGGCUGGCCAUCAUAUUUACCUCUCUCUAA